AUGACCUCCGCUGCACCCCACCCACCUCCUACUAACUCACUGCCUCCUUGCCGGUCGGUCCAUACACGAGUAACACGCCACGCUCAAGUCGCAGGUAUGAUCUCCGCUGCACCUCCUACUAACUUACUGCCUCCUUGCCGGUCGGCGCAUACACGAGUAUCACGCCGCGCUCAAGUCGCAGGCAUGGCCUCCGCUCCACCUCCUACUAACUCACUGCCUCCUUGCCGGUCGGUCCAUACACGGGUAUCACGCCGCGCACAAGUCGCAGGUAUGAUCUCCGCUGCACCUCCUACUAACACACUGCCUCCUUGCCGGUCGGCCCAUACACGGGUAUCACGCCGCGCUCAAGUCGCAGGCAUGGCCUCCGCUGCACCUCCUACUAACCCACUGCCUCCUUGCCGGUCGGUCCAUACACGGGUAUCACGCCGCGCUCAAGUCGCAGACAUGGUCUCUGCUGCACCUCCUAUUAACUCACAGCCUCCUUGCCGGUCGGCCCGUACACGGGUAUCACGCCGCGCUCAAGUCGCAGGUAUGGCCUCCGCUGCACCUCCUACUAACACACUGCCUCCUUGCCGGUCGGCACAUACACGGGUAUCACGCCGCGCUCAAGUCGCAGGCAUGGCCUCCGCUGCACCUCCUACUAACUCACUGCCUCCUUGCCGGUCGGCCCAUACACGGGUAUCACGCCGCGCUCAAGUUGAAGGUAUGGCCUCCGCUCCACCUCCUACUAAGUCAAUGCCUCCUUGCCGGUCGGUCCAUACACGAGUAACACGCCACGCUCAAGUCGCAGGUAUGAUCUCCGCUGCACCUCCUACUAACUUACUGCCUCCUUGCCGGUCGGCGCAUACACGAGUAUCACGCCGCGCUCAAGUCGCAGGCAUGGCCUCCGCUCCACCUCCUACUAACUCACUGCCUCCUUGCCGGUCGGUCCAUACACGGGUAUCACGCCGCGCACAAGUCGCGGGUAUGAUCUCCGCUGCACCUCCUACUAACACACUGCCUCCUUGCCGGUCGGCCCAUAUACGGGUAUCACGCCGCGCUCAAGUCGCAGGCAUGGCCUCCGCUGCACCUCCUACUAACCCACUGCCUCCUUGCCGGUCGGUCCAUACACGGGUAUCACGCCGCGCUCAAGUCGCAGAUAUGAUCUCUGCUGCACCUCCUAUUAACUCACAGCGUCCUUGCCGGUCGGCCCAUACACGGGUAUCACGCCGCGCUCAAGUCGCAGGUAUGACCUCCGCUGCACCUCCUACUAACACACUGCCUCCUUGCCGGUCGGCACAUACACGGGUAUCACGCCGCGCUCAAGUCGCAGGCAUGGCCUCCGCUGCACCUCCUACUAACUCACUGCCUCCUUGCCGGUCGGCCCAUAAACGGGUAUCACGCCGCGCUCAAGUCGCAGGCAUGGCCUCCGCUGCACCUCCUACUAACUCACUGCCUCCUUGCCGGUCGGUCCAUACACGGGUAUCACGCCGCGCACAAGUCGCAGGUAUGAUCUCCGCUGCACCUCCUACUAACACACUGCCUCCUUGCCGGUCGGCCCAUACACGGGUAUCACGCCGCGCUCAAGUCGCAGGCAUGGCCUCCGCUGCACCUCCUACUAACUCACUGCCUCCUUGCCUGUCGGCCCAUACACGGGUAUCACGCCGCGCUCAAGUCGCAGGCAUGGCCUCCGCUGCACCUACUACUAACUCACUGCCUCCUUGCCGGUCGGCCCGUACACGGGUAUCACGCCGCACUCAAGUCGCAGGCAUGGCCUUCGCUACACCUCGUACUAACUCACUGCCUCCUUGCCGGUCAGCCCAUACACGGGUAUCACGCCGCGCUCAAGUCGCAGGCAUGGCCUCCGCUGCACCUCCUACUAACUCACUGCCUCCUUGCCGGUCGGCCCAUACACGGGUAUACCCGCCUCUGACUCCGCUGCACCUCCUACUACCUCACUGCCUCCUUGCCGGUCGAUCAAUACACGAGUAA